AUGGCUCCCGACGGCAAGAGGCUCAUCGACAGACUACCAACAGCCCCAAGGCCUAGCCGCCUGGCUGUCCUGGGACUGGGACUGCCUCGCUCAGGAACGAAAUCUAUUCGGGCCGCAUUGAAUAUACUCGGCAUACCAACGUACCAUACGACAGAUGCUAUGCAGAACGGCGAGCUCCCACUUUGGAAUGAGGCAUUGGCAGCAAAGUAUGCAGGUACCAAGGCACCCUAUGAUGCUGACGAUUGGUCAAAGAUCCUUUGGAGAUAUGAAGGGAUAAUCGAUGCGCCUGCCAUAUUCUUCAUGGAGGAAUGGUUCGCGCAGAAUCCGGACGCGAAAGUCAUACUCAACAAACGAUCAUUCCAGGGCUGGUACGGUUCUGUUAGCAAUACAGGAAUGCCCUUGAUUUCGUGGAAAUGGUGGCCAUUUCUGCGGCCCUUUCUCAGCACAGAAACAAACGCAUGGUAUCAAUACGCCUGUUGCUUUCUUACCAUGAUUGGAGGCUCAGGGCCAUACGUCACCACUCCUCAUCCCGAAUACUGGACAGAAGAGCAGUAUCGGAAAACCUAUGAAACCCACUACCCACGCGUGCGAAGCUUGGUGGCAGCUGACAGGAUCCUUGAGUUCGACCUGGGCAAGCACGGAUGGGAAGAACUGUGUACAUUCCUGAAUAAAGAGGUCCCCAAGGAGCCGUUCCCACACACAAACCAAGCAAGAGACAUGGUUGAGCAAAGGAGGAAAUUGUGGGUCAGAGAAGCUGCAGCGAAUGCUCUGAAGGUGGCUGUGUUGGCUCUGGGUUUGUCAGGGGUAGGCUGGAUCUGGUGGCAGAAUGGGUCGCAGGCUCUUCGGCUAGUGCGCUCGUUUGAAGCUGCUUCAGGCCUGUACAUAUAA